AUGCCAAUUCCUGACAGUAUAGUUCUUCGGAGACAAAUUGGUUUCUUCAAAAAACAGUUGCAACGAUACUGUUCUGCAGCCACUGAUAUCUUCAAGGAGUACCGAAUUGAACCAUCUCAACCUACUACUUACAAUAAAAUUGCCAAGCUCCACGACGAAUGGACAACACUUCAAGACUCUAACCCACUCGAGCAAAAGGUCUUUGAAGAUUACAUAACGAAGAAUGGAGACUAUCGUGCAGACAUUGCUCUCUCUGUCAACAACCUCGAACAGUUUGAUGCUAUUCUGAAUGUUCUUGACGCAGAAUACGUAAAACGGGAACUUCAUCCACCCUCCCAAUCUGAUGGGACACACGCAGAGGACGACGAAGUCCACAGUGAUAGCCUUGCGAAUCAAAGAGGACGCCUUAUUCACCCAGCAACUUCUGCUCCAGAUGCAUUUCUACUUAACUUUGUAGAUGCCUCAAUUCUGACAAAAUUGGAUUUGCCAACCUUCGAUGGCAACCUGCUGGACUAUCCCGAAUUCAAUGCUCGCUUUUCAACACUUGUCGCCAACAAGAUCCAACUUGACGACACUACGAAAUUCUCACUAUUGGAAUCAUGCCUGCGCGGAAGAGCAUUACAAUCGAUCCAAGGACUUUCAAUAACGGCCGAAAACUAUCACAUUGCCAUGGACAUACUGAAGACACUUUAUGAUGACAAGGUGACUGUCAGGCACAUCCUUUUCACUAAACUGGCACAGUUACCGCCUUGCGACCCUGAAGGACGCCAUCUACCUAUCCUGUAUAACCAAAUGUUUUCUAUCGUCCGACAGUUUGCAAACAACCAUGAUGACUCCUCUGAGACUGCCCUCGGGGCGCUCCUUCUCAAUAAACUACCUUUGCGAGUGAGAAGUCUGGUAUAUGACCGCACUGCAAACGAUCACAACGUUUCCCCAUCGGAGUUACUCCACCUAUUAACGGACAUUGUUCGAAAAGACUCUACCCUGUUCGAAAUGGAAUAUCAUGCGCGUUUUCCCAUCCAUACAAGAAAUGCAACUCAAGGAUUCCAUGUAGUACUCAGCAAGAUACCUCGGCCACGCAAGAUUCCAGGUGAAAAGAAAAACAAGCGUAAGUGCCAGUUCUGCGAUUCAACUGCUCAUUCAAAAACAGAGUGUGAUGCCUUCCCCACAGCAAAGGAGCGCAUCGAUCAAGUAAAACGACGGAAACUUUGCUUCAAUUGUCUUUCAACUUCUCACAGUACAAGAGAAUGUACGUCAAAAUUCCGUUGCAGGUUUUGCUCUAAAAAACACCAUUCUUCAUUAUGUUUUCGAUUGAAUCGCUCUCAGACGGCUUCCAUAUCGCCUAGUCAUAACAAGCACACUUCCACGCAAUCAACACGCCGCCAUAAUGUAACGCCUUCUACAAACCGUCCAUCGAGGCUGCAGAACCAUACAGUUCACUUAGAAGAACAGGAAAAGGAGCUUGUUAACUCUUCUUCUGAUCCGAAGGAACAGCCAAUUGACUCACAAAUCGACGUUCCUACAAUGCAAGCUCCUGUCGCUUGCUCAACCAACAAUGCAACGAAUAUGACGAAUCAGACUGCACUGAUGUGCACAACUGUAACACUCUUCAAUACAAAUGACCACUCGCAUCAAGCGACAGUAACGGCAUUUUUUGACAGCGGCCCCAACAAGUCAUACAUCACCGACGAGAUUGCUACCAUCCUUCAUUUGCCUACUACAGGAACCGAACAUAUCAGCCUCUCCACCUUUGGGAAAGUCGAAUCCUUGGAACUGGAAUGCCGAAAUCACAUAAUCGGCCUGUAUACCGAAAAGGGAGUCAAACACCUCCAGGUGAAAUCUGUGCCGUUGCUUACUGGAAAUCUCCAACGCAUUUACAUCCCGGAAGGAUCAACGGGUAAUGUCACCUUUUCUGCCUGCAAACCGUCCAUUCUUAUUGGAAAUGAUUAUUUCUGGGACAUUAUAUUAUCAGAAGACUUCCAUCACAGAACCCUCUCAAAGAAUUAUCGAAUUCUGCAUACAGCUAUCGGAGACAUGGUUGUGGGGAGAGCUUUCAAAGCAAAAAAUUACACCACAUGCACUGCCGUCAACUCCACUACUGACAUGGACGAUGCGUCAAGUCCUACGAAUCACGAAGAACUCGUUGGUCAACAACUUCUGGAGACUUGA